GGGGGAGUUUCACAAUGAUGCAAUUUCCGGUGCGACUGUGAGUGUGAAGAAGCUGUGGCUGGAGGCAGCAGUUGCUGUGCACUGAGGAAGGAUGGAUCUUUGUAUGAUGUCUCUGCCUAGCUUCAAGGGAGAGGAACAUAAAUAAGCCGGUCAUGGUGUGCAUUUACAGACAGUCAGGAAUGAUGUUGAAAUCAACCAUGCUGUGUAUGUGAUAGCCUGAUGGGAUAGGUCCUCAAAGCUACAGAACCGAACAUGUGUGAGACAUCGGGAAUCCUCCGCUUCAAACUUGAUAAUCAUGGGGACUCCAUGUUGGGAAGAAUGAAUGCUCUGAGAGAGCAGAGCAAAUUCUGUGAUGUCACUGUGCAUAUUGAUGAUGUUAAGGUACCAGGACACAGGGUGGUGUUUGCAGCUGGUUCCCCAUAUUUAAGGGACCAAUUCCUGCUCAGUAAUUCCCAGGAAGUUCAUAUUUCCAUACUGCAGAACUCCGAAGCCGGCAAACAUCUGCUGCUGUCCUGUUAUACUGGUAUCCUUGAGUUCCCUGACAUGGAGCUUGUCAACUACUUAACAGCUGCCAGCUUUCUGCAGAUGAGUCAUGUGGUAGAGAGAUGCACACAGGCCUUGUGGAAGUUCAUUAAGCCUAGGCAAACUCCAGAAAGUAAGACUGAAGAAGAAGAAACCACAGGAGCAGCAGAAGUUCUAGAGCCAGAAGAGGAAACGGAGGACUCCCUGCAGCCAGAUUCUCCAGUUGCCAGCAACUCUGAAGACAGCCUAGACAAUGAUGACAUUAAGAUUGUCAAGGUUGAGUCUAUAGGCGAAGCAUCUAGUGACAAGGCAAAGGUAAGCCAAAGCCAAUAUAUGUCCUCGGAACCAACUACUUUACAUUCCUUGGAGCCUCAACAUUCCCUUAUUAAUUCUACUGUAGAAAACCGAGCUGUAGAGACAGACAGCAACCCUACACAUAAUUAUACAGUGUCUGAUAACAGCAGUGACAACAUGGGGCCAUCUGUUAAAGAACUUUUUGGGCCAAGCAAUAGGAUUAUGGACAAGACUCUGCAGUGGCAUCAUCAGUGUCCCAAGUGCACUAGAGUAUUUCGCCAUUUAGAAAAUUAUGCCAACCAUUUAAAAAUGCACAAACUGUUCAUGUGUUUACUAUGUGGAAAAACAUUCACACAGAAAGGCAACUUGCACAGGCACAUGCGGGUACAUGCGGGCAUCAAACCUUUUCAGUGCAAGAUAUGCGGCAAAACGUUUUCCCAAAAAUGUUCUCUUCAGGACCACCUGAACCUGCACAGUGGGGACAAACCUCACAAAUGCAACUACUGUGAUAUGGUCUUUGCACACAAACCUGUACUGAGGAAACACCUUAAACAGCUUCAUGGCAAAAACAGCUUUGACAAUGCCCACGAGAGGAGCACUCAAGACGUCAGUAUGGACUUUGAUACUUAUGCUCAUGAUGGAAAUUAAAUAAUUACUCCGAGUCUACACAUAAAAAAAGGGGAAUUUUUUCUGCAUUUUGGGAUUUUACACAGUGGGUUUAAUGUUGGAGAUUUCAGUAACCUUUAUUGAUCAGAAAUAUGAGAGGUCUUAUUGGUUCAUGUUGUAAAUGACGGUGUUGGCAUAAACAAAUCAAUAGAUGGGUAGCUUGCAGAGGAGGACUCUAACCUGGUUGUGUUGUGCUGUACAUGUUCCUAUUAUCUGUGGCCGACAGCCUAUUAAUCUUUUCUUCUUUAUUUUCACCUCCCAUUGUACAUUAACAAAUGCUUCUGUAUUUUGAUACUUCAGAAGUGUAGUUGUUCCAUCUACUCCUUCACUCUCAGUAUAAAUGUUCCCACUCAAACACACAUGGGCCCUCAUUCCGAGUUGUUCGCUCGGUAUUUUUCAUCGCAUCGCAGUGAAAAUCCGCUUAGUACGCAUGCGCAAUGUUCGCACUGCGACUGCGCCAAGUAACUUUACUAUGAAGAAAGUAUUUUUACUCACGGCUUUUUCUUCGCUCCGGCGAACGUAAUGUGAUUGACAGGAAAUGGGUGUUACUGGGCGGAAACACGGCGUUUCAGGGGCGUGUGGCUGAAAACGCUACCGUUUCCGGAAAAAACGCAGGAGUGGCCGGAGAAACGGUGGGAGUGCCUGGGCGAACGCUGGGUGUGUUUGUGACGUCAACCAGGAACAACAAGCACUGAAAUGAUCGCACAGGCAGAGUAAGUCUGGAGCUACUCUGAAACUGCUAAGUAGUUAGUAAUCGCAUUAUUGCGAAUACAUCGGUCGCAAUUUUAAGAAGCUAAGAUUCACUCCCAGUAGGCGGCGGCUUAGCGUGUGUAACUCUGCUAAAUUCGCCUUGCGACCGAUCAACUCGGAAUGAGGGCCAUGAUUCCUAAGCUUCAGUCACUAAAAUGGGAAGCCAAGGGCAUUGAGGUAAAAUAUAAGGGUUAAGGGCCCUAUACAUGUAAAAGAUGUGUGCUGAGCGAGGCGGGGGAGGACGGGGGGCCGCUCAUACUUUAUAAUAUAAUUUUAUUUAUAUAGCUCUCUUUCUUCAACAGGACACAAUGCGCUUUACAGGCAUCAAAACAUCAAAUGUACACGGUACAGAAGAUUUAAGUAAUACAGUAAUAAACAAGCCACACAGACAAAAA